AUGUCACUUGACGACCAGCCGAACCCGCUCGCCGAGUCUGGCGUGACGAUGCGCUCCGACAGCGAGCAGUACUCGCCCGGCGACGAGCUCUCCACCUCGCCCGAGUCGACGUCCAGCUCGCCCGUCAUCCUCUACACGCCCCCGACGAUAUGGUCGCUGCUGCGCGGCACGGCUAUCAACAUCCUGCUGCCAUUUAUCAACGGCAUGAUGCUCGGCUUCGGCGAGCUGUUUGCCCACGAGGCGGCGUUUAGACUAGGAUGGGGCGGCACCAAGGUCUUCCCCCUCACGCGGAGAAGAGCACACGCAAUCGGCCCUGGCAUCGAGGCGCGCGAAAAGCGCCAUGUGCCGGGCGUCUCGCUGUCUGAUGUUUCGAGUUUGGAGUAA